CGCCUUUCCAAUGACAUCGCGCGUCAGCGAUCCGAAGUCUCACGACCAGCAAUCCAGGCACCCGUAGCCUGCCUGGACCUCAACGCCAGUCCGGAACGAGGGAGGUUGCAGACUUCAAAGAAAGGUUACUUUGGGGUCACAAUCUCCCCCUAAAGCUAGAACUACAACCUACUAAACGCUUGAUCAACAAUUCGUCGUUCUCGCCGCCGCCAUGCCUGACAUUCGGAAUUUCUUCAGUGCCAAGGGCAGCGCGCCGCCUCCAAAGCCUGCACCCAAGAAAGAAGCUGAGGCAGCGAAAAAGCCCCGUGGUAAAGGGCGCAAGGUCAUUGAGGACAGUGACGAGGAUGAAGUUGUCGAUACACAGCCUGUGUCACUGACCAUGUUCAGUGCGCCGGCCGAGGUAAAAGGGGAAGAGACGACUGCUGCGAAGUAUUUUGCAUCGUCCAAACCGAAGUCUGAGACUACUCCAGCUACGCCCAAGGCCGUAUCCAAGACACGUGCAACCCCCGGACCCGAGCUCCGUGUGAGCCCAAGGACCAAGCCUGCUGCACCGAAGCCGGCCCCAGAACCGGCCAAGACGACGCAAAAUGGCCCCAAAAAGAAGCCCGUCACCGCAUACAAGCAGCACGACCGGGAUGAUGACGAUGCAUUCCUAGAUGAUGAUGAGGAUGCCGGGGACGACGUCUUUACUGCCGACAUCAAGGGACGCAACAAGAGGAAGAACGACGAGUAUGUCGAAGAAGAUAGUGAUGAAGAGCUGCUCCCUAAGCCUAAGCGAGUGGCUUCCCGGGCCAGCAAGCCCGUCCAGGCCGAAUCUGACGAGGAUACCAAGCCCGCGAGGGGAGUCGGCAAGAAACCUGCACCGAGCAAAAAGCGCAAAUCACCCGCGUCAGAUAGCGAGGAGGAGGGCGAAGAGGAUAAGGAGGCCCCGGCCGAGCCCGACGAUAUCAAGGCCAUCCUUGACAGCGUCCCUACGGUCGAGGCGCCUGAAGCUCCGCCAAAAGACCCCGACGCCAAGUUUGACUGGCGAAAGGCUGCCGCUGCGGGCGGCAACACUGGGCCGCCUCCCAUGGCUGGCGCUGCGGAAAUCCCAGAAGGCGCGGAGAACUGUCUAACGGGGAAGACAUUCGUCUUCACGGGCCUCCUGAAGACAAUCGGCCGAGAGGAGGCGCAAGCCCUUGUCAAACGGUACGGUGGCAAGGUUACCGGCGCCCCAAGCGGCAAGACGGACUUUGUUGUUCUUGGUGACGAUGCCGGCCCCAGCAAGCUCAGGAAGAUCAAGGAACAUGGGAUCAAGACUAUCGAUGAGGAGGGCCUUUUCUACCUCAUCAAGACCAUGCCAGCUCAUGGCGGCAGCGGUCUUGGUGCGGAGAAGGCCAAGCAAAAGCAGCAGGAGGAAGAGAGGAAAGCCCGCGAGGAAGCCGCUCGCAUGGAGAAGGAGGAGCAAGCCCGGAAGGCGGAAGCGGAGAAGGCUGCCAAGAGAGCCGCCGCUGCCCGUGGUGGGCCUGCUCCUGCUCCGUUACCGUCUCAGGUCCUCUCCCAGCUGUGGACAAGCAAAUAUGCUCCCACCCAACUCAGCCAGAUCUGCGGGAACAAGGCACAGGUGGAACGUAUCCAGUCGUGGCUCCGCAACUGGCCCAAAUCUCGCAAGUAUGACUUCCAGAAGAGGGGUGCGGAUGGAAUGGGCGGAUAUCGCGCGGUCAUCAUCUCGGGACCGCCGGGCAUUGGGAAGACCACAGCAGCGCACCUGGCUGCCAAGCUGGAAGGGUACGAUGUCAUCGAGAGCAACGCGAGUGACACGCGGAGCAAGAAGCUUGUGGAGGACGGGGUCAGCGAUGUGAUGAACAAUACGUCGCUGCUCGGCUAUUUUGCAGGCGAUGGCAAGAAGGUCGACGCCUCCAAGAAGAAGAUCGUCCUUAUCAUGGACGAGGUCGACGGCAUGUCAGCAGGUGACCGGGGCGGUGUUGGCGCGCUUGCCAAGUUCUGCAAGAAGACCGACGUUCCUCUCAUCUUGAUCUGCAACGAGCGCAGACUGCCCAAGAUGAAGCCUUUCGACCACGUCGCUUUUGACAUCAAGUUCCAGCGGCCCACUGUAGACCAGAUCCGGUCGAGAAUCAUGACCAUCUGCCACAGAGAAGGCAUGAAAAUGCCACCGCCGGUGGUCAACGCACUUAUUGAGGGCAGUGGAAAGGACAUCCGGCAAAUCAUCAACAUGCUGUCGACCGCCAAGCUAGACCAGUCGACGAUGGACUACGACCAGAGCAAGGCAAUGACCAAGGCCUGGGAGAAGAACGUCGUGCUGAAGCCCUGGGAUAUCUGCCAGAAGAUGAUCGGGGGCGGCCUCUUCAGCCCGGCGAGCAAGUCGACGCUGAACGACAAGAUUGAGCUCUACUUCCACGACCACGAGUUCAGCUUUUUGAUGAUCCAGGAGAACUAUCUGCGGUCAAAGCCGGCGGUUCUGCACGGGAAGGGCUACCACCCCAGGGAGCUGAAUCUCAAGUAUCUGGAGCUGGUUGACCAGGCGGCUGAAAGUAUCAGCGACGGAGACCUGGUCGACCGCAUGAUACAUGGGCCGCAGCAGCACUGGAGCUUGAUGCCCACGCACGCCGUCUUCAGCACCGUGAGGCCGUCGAGCUUCAUCGCCGGUGCGUUUACAGAACAGCCGACGUUUACAACUUGGCUCGGCAACAAUAGCAAGUACGGCAAGCUGAACCGCUUUGUGCGCGAGAUCCACUCGCACAUGCGUCUCAAAUCGUCUGGCGACCACAACGAAGUCAGACAGCAGUAUCUGCCUCUCCUCUGGCACCAGCUGAUCAAGCGGCUGGAGAUUGAGGGCAAGGAGGCGGUGCCGGAUGUCAUCGAUCUCAUGGACAGCUAUUACCUCACUCGCGAGGACUUUGAUUCGAUCAAGGAACUCGGAGUGGGGCCCCAGUCGGAGGAGACGGUCAACCUCGAAACACAGACCAAGGCGACUUUUACUCGAAUGUACAAUGCCGCAUCUCAUCCGGUGCCGUUCAUGAAGGCGAGCAGCGUGAUAGCGCCGCCGAAGCUCAGCAAGGAUGUGCCAGACAUUGAGGAUGCGCUUGAGGAGGAAGACGAGAACGAUGUUGUCGAGCCUGCUGACGCCGAUGUGGACGAGGAGCUCGACCUCAAGGGAGACAAGUACAUCAAGCAGCCCAAGGCUAAGAAGAAGACGGCCGCCAAGAAAACGGCCAAGGCUGAUGAGGAGGACGACGAUGUUGACGACGGUGACAAGCCGGCGAAGGCCAAGGGCAAGGGGGCCAUCCGGGGCCGGGGCAGGGCAAAGAAAACGUAGUUGGGGAUAUACUCUCCAUCUCUCCAUUUUUGGGCUGGCGCGUAUAUUGACUAACUUGGGCGGCUGCAACCUAUUAGCAUACUAUAUUCAAGGGGCUAAGUACUCCCAUUAUUAGAAGGCGUCGCAUCAGAUUGCCUUAGCCGGGAGUCGCGAGUGAUCAUCAAUGAAAAUAGUUGGUGUCAUUCCAACCACUUGAAGCUCCUCCUUACUCCCUCCCAGGUGACGGAUUGAGCGUUCCGUCCUAUCCCAAGGCACAUCAGGACUUCCGUGAACUUGACCCUACCGAGGUACAAUACGCCCUACUUGAUGAGAGGUUAUGAAUCCCCUUAUCGCGUUUUUGACGGGCGACUAAGCUGGAAAGUCGCAUGCCGCGUGAAGAACGCAUCUGGCUACUUGAAAAGGAGAGAGGGUCUUUUGGGACUAUAAGGCUCGGUCCGAUAGUACUAUA